UGCUCUUUCGCUUCAUUCUUUCGGUAGUGCUCAAAAAAUGGCGAGUCGUGGUCAAAAUCGUCGUGCGACACAAGAAGUCGAUAAUACCAUUUCGUACGUCCAGUGCGAUGGCCUGGCUGCGAUGAAAAUGGUGAAACAUUGCCACGAAGAAUCGUUGAGCAACAUGGAGGUGGCCCAGGGUGCCCUGCUCGGUCUGGUCGUGGACGAUCGUUUGGAAAUCACCAACUGUUUUCCGUUUCCGAAGUCCUCUGACGAAACCAUCGACGAGGAAGAGUAUCAGCUUAACAUGAUGCGUCGUCUUCGGUUGGUCAACGUUGAUCACUUCCACGUGGGAUGGUACCAGAGUGCCGAUGUGGGCAACUUUUUGUCUUUGCCGCUGCUGGAAUCGCAGUAUCACUACCAGACCAGUAUCGAGGAAUCGGUGGUGGUUAUCUACGAUACGCAAAAAUCGAAGCGAGGUUUCCUGACGCUGAAGGCCUAUCGGUUGACCCCGCAGGCCAUCGCCAUGUACAAGGAAGGUGAAUUUACACCUGAAGCCCUUCGCAAUCUGAAGGUGGGCUACGAGAACCUGUUCAUCGAGGUUCCGAUUGUGCUAAAGAACUCGGCUCUUUGCAACAUCAUGAUGUCGGAGUUGGUCGAAAUGGUUCCGGAAGAGGAGGGAACUCAUUUCCUGGAUCUGGGCACGGCCGGAGUACUCGAGAGCCACUUGCGCUGUUUGAUGGAUCGCGUUGAUGAACUUAAUCAGGAAGCUAACAAAUUCAACAAGUAUCAGCAAUUGGUGAUCCGCCAGGAACAGGACAAGCAUCGCAUGCUGGCUAGGCAUGCACAGGAAAAUGCGGCACGUAUUGCCAAGGGCGAACCUGCCCUACCGGAGGAAGAAGUCACGAAAUUGUACCGUCCGCUGCCGGUUCCACCCAGGCUAAACCCGAUGAUCGUUUCCGGUCAGAUCAACACCUACGCCCAGCACAUUUCCCAAUUCUGUUCCCAAUCGUUGGCCAAACUUUACAUGACUCAGGCCCUGCAGGGUGCCAAGGAUACCAAGAUGUAGAGUGGGAGCGGCUAGUGAAUGUGAGUGUUAUUUGGAAAUUUCAUAUUUGAUUGAACACAAACAAACGACCGAGAUAAAGUAAAAGGACAGUAUCUAAGAAAGAAUUCCGAGGACAAUAUUGAUAGUAGUGUGAAAGUGUAAAUUUUCGACACCCGGGGAAGUGGGAGUGUACCCGAAGAGAUAACUCUUCCGAAUAAAACGGAGUCAACCGGCAUUGGUCCUGCAGAACAUCGAAGGACGCAAUCGUACGGGGCUCCCGAAAAAAAAACUUCUGUUGAUUUAUUUUAAAGAGAAAUUCAUGCUAACUAGAUGAAGAUGAUUCAUCUAUCAUCUAAGGGCCACAUCCCAACGCAGCGAAUAACACUAGAACAAGUCAACGUAUUCCAGAAUUCUUUUCUGUUGGUUAGAAAUGAAUCGGGAAAGAUUAGAUUGAAUAUGAAGAAAAUGGUUAAAUUUGUAUUUAGAAUACGACGAAAAAUUACUGACUGUGCAGGAUUCUAACCCGCAAUCUCCGGCUUUCUAGGCCAACGCAUAACCGACAUGGUGUUGUUUGUUAUUUUUGAAAAAAAGCAUUCGACGGUCUCAUCCAAAAAAAAUAUCUGUGCUGCAUUAAGAAAGAGAGGAUUCCCUGAGAAACUGUUCCAUGUUAUCGAAGCACAGAACGCAAUUUUGUGCAAGGUUUUUACGAUAUUGUCCUGUCUGAUUAAAUUCUUUUAGCUGCUGAAAUUAGUCUAUGAUGAUAGAAAAAUAGUAGUGAAUCGACACGAGGAUGGCUGUGGAACCCUUUGACAAUGUAGCAGCAAAAUGGAUAACGGUAUUGUAUUAAACGCUCAAUAACAUCGGGAC